AUGGUUUCUGCAGACCAGUACACGUUUCGCAAGCCCCUCAAGCAAUCUGGUGUGCUCGAGCAAUUCAAGUACGAGGAUACCACUCCCACCAUUGGACGAGAAUUCCUGAAUGUCAACAUUGUUGAUGACUUAUUGAAUGCACCCAACGCAGAUGAGCUUGUUCGAGACCUUGCCAUCACUAUCUCGGAGCGUGGAGUUGUCUUCUUCCGUAAGCAAGACAAUCUCACAAACGCCUUGCAGAAGCAAUUGAACCAUAAGCUUGGUCAACUGUCCGGCAAGCCUGCGACAUCAACUCUGCAUAUCCAUCCCAUUCUCAACAACAGCAGCGAAUUUGGUGUCGACGAUGCUGAGAUCAGUACCAUCAGUUCAUUGCAAAGAAAAUCUCUCUUCAGAGAGAACGAUACACGUAACAAGCGCCGCUAUGAUGCUGCUCAGUGGCAUUCGGACAUCCAGUUCGAGCCUGUACCAGCCGACUACACCUCGCUACGUCUGACCCAGCUCCCAAAGUCUGGCGGUGACACUAUCUGGGCAUCUGGAUACGAAAUCUACGAUCGCUUUUCGCCAGCCUACCAGAAAUUCUUCGAAGGUCUGACAGCCACAUUCUCUGGUGAUGGAUUCAUCAAGGCCGCUGCUGCCAACCCAGACAAGGUCAAGAUUUACGAGAAAGAGCGCGGUAGUCCGUUGAAUGUGGGAAAAGAGCUUACAGCCGUGCACCCGGUCGUCAGAACAAACCCUGUCACUGGUUGGAAGAGCAUUUUUGCCCUCGGUCCCUUCCCGAAAUUCAUCAACGAAUUGAACGCAGACGAAUCGGAAGAACUGCUGAAGAAGUUCCGUGCCACCAUCACGGAGAACCAUGAUCUCCAGGUUCGCUUCAAGUGGAGAAACGAGAAUGACAUUGGUGAGCACCCAUUUCCGGUCAUCUUUGCUUUCCACAGUGCCACUUUCGAUUACGAAGGACUGGGUGAGAGAUUCGGUAACCGUGCUGUCGGUAUCGGCGAGGUACCUUAUCUGGACCCAAACAGUCAAUCAAGGACGGAAGCUCUAGCCAAAGCACAGCAGGAAAAAGAGACAGUGUUUGAAGGAAAGACUGAGAAGUCGGAGACUUUGUCUGCCUAA